AGGCAGUAGGCAGUGCGAAAUGGGAAUUGUCCAUUUCGUUAUUCCCGUCGUUUCUUCACCGAAAAAAAAAAAAUAGUUUACUCUCUAGUCCUACAGCCUUACUACCUUCGUUGUAGACUAUGCCAUUUCGCAUAAUAGUUGGAAUAGCCAAUCAGAAACUGGCCGUUGAUCGGCCAAUCGACCAACGUAAUUAGUCAAUUCCGCUAAGAUCUGUCACCUUGCGACCCUUAUCUGCGACUCGCUGCGACUUAUGUAGGCCUUAAUGUAGAACAAGCUUUAGCUCGUCAAAAAUAACGACAUUUUUGCGUUUCCCGUGGUUAUGUUCGCGACGGGAUUUAACUGACGAUUGCAAUAAAAAUCGUUUUCUCUCCUGCCGGUCGUCACUGAUAGCGAAUUUUGUCGUUGCUUUUCGUCGCGAAUAAAAUCCUUGGUGUUUCUCGUUUCUCCCCUCUCUCCUCCCGCCAUAGUGUUGUUUUCGUGUGUUCUCGGAACGAGCAUCCAGAGAACUUUAGAAAUAUGUGUCUGUGUCCGAUUUGAUAACACUCAACAUCGCGAAAUAUGUCAACAACGGAUCCGAACGAGAUUGUUCCUCUACAAUACACAGAGUGUAUCCACGAUGGCUAUCACGUCGAUGAUCGCAUUGAUCUAUCGGACUUCCAGCUCAACGACAACGAUGAUUGGUUGUACAUACCUUCACAAUGCUCAACUGAAUCUGUAGUUCAUGAUUUAUACGCCUGGCUGAAGACAGAACCAGAAAUAAAUGUUACAAAUACUAGAAAAUGCAUUGACACAAGAACAUUUACAAGACCUAAGAAACGGUCAGCUCGAAUGAGUUUUGAAUCAAUUUUUGAAGGAUUAGCUUCUUUGAAAAAUACAUGGAAGCUUGGAAAUACAGAUAUGUGCACAGAACAUGAGGCAAAAUGUUUGCCUGAGAUGAUUAAAGAUUCGGAUUUUGUGCCAUCGAUGCUAAAGCCAUCUGCAAAAUUACCUAUCAAUAUUUUAUCUGAAGAAAAUUCAGUAAUAUCAGGACAAGAAAGUAUGGAAGCUUUCUUGAAUAUGUCACAGUCCAAUGGAAUUGAUUCGUUUAUAAAUUUGCGUGAACCAGAAUUUAGUGAUAUAUUGUGGAACACAUCUCAGCCCUCUCUUUUCUAUGCGUCUCUUAUUUCGUCUACAAACGAAACAUACCAUAUUAACGACACAAUGCCAGUAACGGAUAAAACUACUGCUCAAAUAAGUAGCGAUGUAAGGAAGGAAUCAAAUUCCAGUAGCGAUAACGAAACAAUCUUGAUACAAGACAGCAACGACACAAUCACGCUCAAUAAAACCAAUUGCACAAAUUCUUCAAACGAUCAAUCAGAUAAAGGUUUGAACGAAACGUACAAUGCUGAGAUGCUUGAUGAAGUGUUAUCAGCGCGGUCGAGUCUGGAAAAAGAGAAAAUAGCUGCUUUGUCUUCCACUUUUGUAACCGAAUCUAACGCCGGCCUUACUUUCGUGCACCAACCAGGUGAAGCGGGUGAUGACGUUAAGCAUCUAGACAUUACAUAUCUGUCUUCAGCAAAAGAUGCUGAGAAAUUGAAUUUGCCUAUAUCGAUAAAAAGUGACAUAUACAAAGCUGAUUCUGUUGAAAAUACGAAUAAAGCGGGUCUGAAUGUAACAUGUAAUAUUUUGACAGAUAAUAAAAGAGAAUCUACGUCGCUUCUUAAAACACAUACGGAGAACGUCUUAGAUAUGACUUUUGAGGUGCCUGAAUGUAAUCAAUCUACACCGACAAACCCAAAUAUGCUGAACGCGAGUCUCGCGGCAAAAUAUCCGGACGAACCGCGUCAAAAUUUAUACUUUACGAUGAAAGCCCCCACGUCGUUGAGACGAGAGUUAUUAGCGGAAAUUCAACGAAGCUGUGAGCGCAAUCAGGACUUAACGUAUAAUCACAUCGCUAACGAUCAUCCGGACUCAAGGGACACCAAGGAAAAUAUUCGCGUAGCUAAUACCAAAAAUGAAACUGACGUUGCGUUAACGAAUAGAUAUCAUACGUAUAAAAAGUCGGCGUGGACAGCGAUGACAGAUCAAUACAGAGGUCAGAAAGAUACGGCCGUGACUGCUCAAAAAGAUUUACCAAUAGAUCAACGUAAAUUUUAUACGUUUACAAAAAAGAGCAACAAUUCUGUUGAAAAAACUGAUAAUACCGCCGUAAGUAACGCCGUUGAAACGCAUUCGGCUAACAUAGACGGUAUAUUCUGCAAACCUCUUCCGCCAAAGAAGCAUCAACAGAAGAAAAUGCUGUCGAGGUUGCCGCAGUUUUUGCAGAAGUCGAAUCCGAAUCUUGUGUCGAGCUCGUUGAAGACCGUUGGGAGUAUGCCCGAGCACAGCUAUGCGAAUAUACCUACCAUAGGUUACAUGAAAGGUUUACAACCUAACGUCGUGCAGAACGUCGCGAAGAACAUGCAGUUGUCGAGUAAGUUGCAUCCAUACGGUAAACUGAAGAGCGGUUCCGAGCAACGGCUUCUCGAGGUCAACGUGAAUACAAAUCACCAAUUUCCAAUAAAGAACAUAACCGCCGGCUCGACGGAAAGCAUUGAGAGCAUCCAGAGUGCUCAGAGCGCUCCCGAUCUCGACGACAGACACAGUACGUGUUCCGACAGCAGCAAUCAUGAUUUGUGCGUUAAAGGAACGAUGAAUAUCGAGGAACUGCAUAAUUUAGUUCGAAUGCAGGAAGAGAGCUUGAAGCAAGAUUUGCCGCCAAAAUCGGAUAGACGGGUUCUGGAGAAUACUUGGGUAGAAGAAAAAGCGAAUUUGCUCUCGCCGAUUCUGAAAAACGGUGUAAAACACAGUGAAACUGACAGAUAUACUUUAGAUACUGAUUUAAGUAUGAAGUGCAGUACUCCGAUAAGUCCCACAGAGUCUCAUCAUACAUUAAAUAAUGAAGAAAAUCCUGAUGGAAACGUUACAAGGACCAAAGAUAAAGUUAUGGUAGCUAAAAGAACAGAGGAUCCAAAUCAAGCAAUGCCUAAAAAUGAGACCAAGACUCGGUUGCGACAGCCUACUAGUUGGCAUACUGGAAAUAAACCAGCUACUGUGAUAAGCGGAAUUCCUAGGCCCGCGUCGCGUAUACCUGCUUUGAGAUUCGCCCGGCCGAAUGCAAAACCUCAAGCUGAUCUAAGAAAAGGAUGCUCGUGAAAAUUCACAUGGUAAAAUUAUAUGAAAAAGACUUCUGUUUUUUAGUUGACGUCAAUAUUAGCACACAUACAUAUAUACAUAUAUAUAUGGUGAUUAAAGAGUAAUAGGUAUAUUUUUAGUUCUGUUGAAAAAACCAAUAAAAUCGUUUAAAAAUUCAGUAUUAGUGAGCUUCCAAGUCAGAACAAUGUCUAUAAAAUUAUUGCUAUUAUUAAUGUUUGCGUGUUGUAUUGUAUUUCGUGUGAUGUUAUAUUUACUUUCUAUUUAAAAUGUAUAUGUGCAUUCUCUUAUAAUUUAAACCGUUAUUGCGGUCUGGUAAUACGCAUGGAAAUACUUUGCCUUACAAUAUUAUACAAAAAUUAGAAAAAUAUUCGAAAGUUCGUUUAUUAAUUGUAAUGUUGGAAAACAAUUUAGAUUUAAUUUUGAGUCAAAAUACUAUCUAAGAUAAGAAAUAGUAUUACACUUAAAGAAACUACGUAAGACCAUAAGAGCCAUCGCAUAUAUUUUUGACUUUAGAACUAAACGUACGCGUUUUUCCGCGUAUUAACAAAUAGUCAUAUAUUGCGCACUACAACAUAUGCGUUAGAUCUUAAUGAUCUUCUAGUUCCUUUAAUUCUUAUUCAGAGUCUCUCUCUUUUUACAUUAUCUAUCAAUUUUAUAGUUGCCAAAACUAAGAGUUCAAAAAUGUAGAGCCGUAGACAAACCAGUUGAGAUAAUACUUUUUUGAUAAAUUUUGAAACUUUGCACUUUGCAAGUUUGAUUUAUGUUAAAACAUCGAAAAGCAUCUGUCUCAGCUUUUUUGUUUACAACUGUAAAUUAUAUAUAAAUAUAUAUACAUAUAUUGCUGUUGUUUGUAAUUUCUAUAGAAUAUCAAAAGUUGAAGUUUUUUGCUCGGGAUUUUACAUGAAAGGCCGAAGAGACAAACUUACUUCUUACAUAAAUAAUAGUUAUUACAAACAACAACGAUAUAAAAAAAUUAUGUAUAUAAAACUAAUAUAUAAUAUUU